AUGGAGGAUUAUUCUCGUUCGCAUGAACGACAACUAGUGGUAAAGGCAAAGCGAACAAGCAAGUGGCAGGCACCCAAUGGAGAAACGGUGAAGAUUAAUUUCGAUGGAGCAUUGGACAAAGAAAAAAAGUUUGCUGGAAUAGGUGUCAUUGGGAGAAAUAGCAAGGGAAAGGUCCUGGGAACGUUGUGCAACACUGUAACAGGGAUUAAAGACCCAGAAAUUAUAGAGGGGAUGGCGGCGGUACGAGCAGCUGAAUAUGCAUGCAUGAUGGGGUUCCAGAAAAUUAUAUUGGAAGGAGAUGCACUUGGGAUUGUCGCACAAAUUGCAUAUGAUCAAGGAAGAAACCAGUCUGCAGUAGGAAACCGGGUGAUGGACACAAGGCUGGAGCUAAACCAUCUUGUAGAAUGGCCAUGUUCCCAUACUCGCCGCGAAACUAAUGGUGCGGCCUAUAGGCUGGCAAGAAUUGUAGUAGAUAGGUUAGAGUCCCUGACCUGGAAUGGUGGCUAUCUAGAAGAUAUUAAAGAUAUUGUAAUACACGAAAUGCUCCUUUUGAUUUAA